AUGUUUAGUGCUAGGCAGAAUAAUGCGGAUAGGCCGCAGCAGUCAAGUUCGACAUCAUCGUGUAUUGGUGUUCUUUCUAAUAAUACGGGUACGAACACGGACCUCAACAGAAGUACGGAUGAAUUACAGGGACUGGUACUCGAUCAGAUAACGAAGAUACAAGAGCAGCAGGAAAAGCUUGACUCUAAGGUGGAGAAGCUGUCGAAGGAGCAAGAGGAGUUCUAUUUGAGUGAGUACAAGAAGAUGGAUCAGGGAUUUAAGGAAGUUAGCAAGUGUUUAAAGGAGGUCAAUGCGAUGAAGGAGGUGUUCAAGGAGAUCAUUGGGGUAAUGACGGGGGAUAGGAUUAGGUUUGUGGACCAUUCGAAUGAAAACUGUGAUGCAAGUGAGGCGAUGGCUGUUAACCAGUCGGAGCUGUUAGUUGAUAAUAUGAGACGGGAGAUGCAGAGACGACAGGCGGAUUGGAUACGGGAUAGGAUGGCUUUAGAAACAAGACCAGGGUAUAGGGUGAAGAGUGAAUUUGAGGAUGAGCGGUCGGUUGAACAGCUGCUACUUCAAAGACAGCAGGAGGUUUCGGAAAACUAUGUGUCUGCAGAAACCAAUAGUAGAGUUCCCCCUGAUGAUUUCCCGACGUAUCGCAUGAAUCGGGCUAUUCGGUCUGUGACUGAUUUAGCGCGAGAAUACUACGAAGGUUUGAGAGGCAAACCAUCCGUGAUGUCCUUGGAAAGAAGAUUUGGUUCCACUUGGAGGAAUUCCAGUAAGGAAAGGACCUUUUUCCAUAAAAGAAUGUGCAUUAUCAAUAAGAUAAACGAUAUAAAAGAAAAUCCCGCAAAAUAUAACCUGCCACUUGAGAUUACAAGAAAGAUGGCAAUUCGAGUGGUGGAAAAUAUGAGGCUGGGAAAUAAUUGUUUUAAAGGCAGACGGUGUUGUUUGACACUGUCACAACUAUAUGUCUAUUUAUCCAAGAAGAUGGAUACCCCAGGUGAUUACAGUUUAGAAUUGAAACAAGUCGGAAAAACAACUAGAGAGUUGAUUACCCAAGAAAGAAUACGAAGUCUAGAACCAUCUUCUUGCAACUCGCCUAGUAGAAGUGGGUAUCCAAAUGCUGAAAAUAUUUCUGCUCCAAGAGCGACUGCUCAUAUCGCCUCUUCUAUGGUAUCUUAUAAUUAUCCCCAGCCCAACAGAAAUAAUACGGAUGAUAGCAAUGAGUUGGAAGAUAAUGAGGAGGAAGACGAUGAUGAAUACUAG